AUGGUUCUUCUGCACUUCAAGAACGCGGACGACAAGCAGUUCCUGUACGAGACGACGGUCGAGGCCACGGUCGAUGACACUCUCAAGGACCUUUGCACCAUCCACAACCUCCGAAUGCUGAUCGGCCGGCUGAAGAUCGAGGGCGAGGAGCUCGCGAAGCACGGCCCCUGCAAGCCCCUCGACAAGCAGGGCCUGGACGACUACGCCGAGGACCUCAACGGCUACAAGGUCGAGCCCGGGCCGCACUACGCCAAGGACCCCACCGGCCGGCGCACGGGCAACCCCGCCGCGCCCCAGGUCGUCGCCGUCCUCCGCAAAACGCUCGACGAGGCCGCGGCGGCCGCCAGCAAGGACAACGCGGCGAAGAAGGUCCCGCUCACGAAGCAGGCGCUCGACGCCGCGAUCGACAACGUGCGCGGCGCUGUCAUGAUUUGUCACCCGGAGGGCCUUCCUGAGUGGGACCCCGUGCGGGGGAUGCUGGAGGGGAGUGAGGACCUGGCGGGCACGAGCUACGCGGCGGACCCGAUCGACGCGGAGGCCGCGGCGCUGUGGUUUUGCGGGAAGCAGAUGCAGGCGGGGAAGAAGCUGGCGGAGCACGUGGGCCGAAACGAGAAAAGUAAAGUGGUGGUGAAGGUGACGAAGAAGGGGGCCGGGGCGCCGUCGCGGGAGCCCGUGAUCGACCAGGAGACGCACAAGAACAUGCUGUCGUGGUACUCGAAGAAGCAGCAGGAGCAGCAGGCGCUGGCGGAGGACGACGACGACCAGUACACGAACUCGGCGUGGGCGAACCCGAAGGCGCUGAAGGGGCACUUUGCGGGCGUGGGCGGGGACAUUCGUAUUCGGUGA